AUGAUAGUCCGAGAUAAUAGUAUGGCAAUUAUAUUACAAUUUGUACUUUAUCGACAGGAAAAUAAUUUAAAUAUGGCAACAGACGACGUCGAAAAACUCAAAGGUACAUGGGAUUAUGUUGAUGGUGAACAUUUUGAUGAUUAUAUGAAAGAAAUUGGUGUAUCAUUUGUGACAAGACAAUCAGCUAAACUUCUGAAACCAAGACUGGUAAUAAGUGAAAAUAAUGGAACAUGGACUCUACGCUCUGAAAGUAAUAUAAAAACAGUUUCCUAUGAUUUUGUACCUGGUGUUGCAUUUGAUGAAACAACUCCUGAUGGUCGAGAAGUUAAAUCAACAAUUGACUUUACAAGUGGUCGAUGGGUGCAUAAAACGCAUGAUGCAAAAAAUAACAAAGAUUCAACUGUUGAACGUUAUAUUGAUGAACAAGGUCAACAACAAGUGGUUAUGACAUGCGGCGGUGUUAAAGCACGACGUUGGUAUAAACGAGCGUCAUAA